ACAGAACAUAAGGCAUUAAACAUGACAUUACCCACAGUUGUUUAGAGAUAAAAUAAGAGGCUUUGAAAUUGAAAAUGAGAACCUCAACUUUUGCUAUUGAUUCCUUGUUUGCAGUCCUUUUACUACAUGCAGUUUCAUGGGCAACUUGUGAUUCAGUUAAUGAGCCCUUUCUUCAAUGCCUUGAAAACCAUUCGAACCCAUCUGACCCAAUCUCUGCAGUUGUCUACACCCCCAAUAAUUCUUCAUACUCUUCUGUUUUGCAAGCAUACAUGAGAAACCUUCGAUUCAAUGAGUCAACCACACCAAAACCCCAGCUUAUAAUUACUGCAUUGCACGAGUCUCAUAUCCAAGCAGCCAUUAUUUGUGCUAAAAGAAUUGGUCUGGAGAUGAGAAUCCGAAGCGGAGGCCAUGACUUUGAGGGCAUCUCAUACUCUUCUGUGAAUCCAUUUUUCAUCCUUGACAUGUUCAACCUUAGAUCCAUCAAUGUCAGCAUAUCAGAUGCGACUGCUUGGGUUCAGGUUGGUGCCACUCUUGGGGAAGUCUAUUACAGGAUUGCUGAGAAAAGCAAUACCCAUGGUUUCCCUGCAGGAGUUUGCCCCACUGUCGGUGUUGGCGGUCAUUUUAGUGGAGGUGGAUAUGGUAACAUGAUGAGAAAAUAUGGUCUCACAGUUGAUAACAUUGUUGAUGCUCAGAUAAUUGAUGUCAAUGGCCGAAUUCUCAACAGGGAAUCUAUGGGGGAAGACCUGUUCUGGGCCAUUACAGGAGGUGGAGCUUCUAGCUAUGGAGUGGUUCUUGCCUACAAAAUAAAGUUGGUUGUUGUACCCGCCACAGUUACUGUUUUCACUGUUGAGCGAACGCUUCAGCAAAAUGCAACAGAUAUUGUUUAUCGGUGGCAACAAGUUGCUGAUAAGUUAGAUGAAGACAUCUUUAUUAGACUCAGGAUGUAUGUUGUAAAUGUAAGCAGCGAGAGCGAUGAAAAAACAAUAAAUACUGCAUUUAUCUCCUUGUUCCUUGGAGACUCCAAGAGGCUCCUCUCUCUCAUGAACCAGAGCUUCCCUGAGUUAGGUUUAAAACAGACAGACUGCAUUGAAAUGACUUGGGCUCAAUCUAUCCUCUAUUGGACUGGCUUUCCCAUUGGAACACCAGUCAAUACUCUGCUAAGUAGGAUUCCUCAACCACUGACCCAUGCCAAGUUGAAAUCCGAUUAUUUGAAGGAACCAAUUCCAAAAGAUGGGUUGGAAUACAUAUGGAAAAGGAUGAUCGAACUGGAAAGGCCAGUGUUGACCUUCAAUCCGUACGGUGGACAGAUGGCGGAGAUCCCAGCAUCUGAUAAACCAUUUCCGCAUCGAGCAGGAAACAUAUGUAAGAUUCAAUACUUGACCACUUGGAGUGAAGAUGGAGUUGAAGCAGCAAACCACUACCUAAAUUUGACGAGAAUGUUGCAUGGUUACAUGACUCCAUAUGUGUCUAAGUCCCCAAGGGAGGCAUUUCUCAACUACAGAGAUCUUGAUUUGGGUAUCAACCACAAUGGCCCUAAUAGUUACACUGAAGGAGCUGUUUAUGGGAUCCAAUAUUUCAAGGAUAAUUACCACAGGUUGGUGCAAACAAAGACUAAGGUGGAUCCUCAUAAUUUCUUUAGAAAUGAGCAAAGCAUCCCAACUCUUCCGUCUUUCCGGAAGUAAAGUGACGAAGACUAUAUAAUAAAGAUCAAGCUUAUGUGUCAUUUGUAUGCUUCAUAAUUUGUUUUUGAUUGCUUAAACAAAGAGAAAUAACUGGGCGUUCUAUUAUAAGAACGGCCAAAAAAUAAUUAAAUAAAUAAAUGAAAUGAAACUGGACUGUAUUCCAUUGCUGGCAAAUAUUCUGUAGUUCUGGAACACUAUACGAGAUUGUGUAUGGGGUCGUUUGUUUCAUGGGAUUGAGACGUGAGAUUGAACUCCAUGUUCAAUGAAUUUACUAAGUCACUGUUGGGUUAAUUUAGUGAAGAUUGGACUAUAAUCAA